CCUCUACAUAUGUAUUGCUUUAAGCCAUUAAUUGAGUGUUAAAUGCAAUGGUUUUGCCUUUUAAUGCAUUGAAAUGUUUAUCAAACGAUUGCUUUAAUGACUUUCAAUACAAACACACAAAGCAUUUGAUUAAUUGAGUGAUUGAUUUGAUGCCAACUUUUUCAUCAUUUUAACCAUUGAUAGGAUUUACUAAUUAUCAUCCAUUAGUUGUUUGGCAAACCAUAUCAUAAGUGUCUAUUAAAUGGCCAAACGAUUGCGUAGUAGUCGGCAAUCGGGUGGCGAUUGUCGCCGAUAUCAGUAUGACUUGAGAUCAAAAGCCAAACGCCUUAAACGUGAAGACAAAGACGUGAACUUAAAUGACAAUCAGUUAAUAAAUGGUCAAAACUGUGAAGAGUUAUCCGAUUUGAAUGAAUCUAAUAUGAGUCAGACUUUAGUGAUCCAUAAGUUUACAAAAAUGCCGAAUAAGUCGUAUAAUUUGCGCCGAAGAGGCGCUCAAAACAAUAACAAAUCUGGUCGAAGAAGUGGUGAAAAGGCCAGUACUCUGACCAUCAAUCACUUGCCCGAUGAUUGUCUGCUCGAAAUCUUUGAUAAGUUAACCACAAUUCAUGACAAAUUAGCGCUUCAAAGAGUGAGCUUACGAUUUGAACAAUUGGUUUUCAGACUAUUAAGAGCCCAAAAGUUAUUUACUGUUGGAUCAACUUUUGGCGAAAAUAGUGAUCAAAUGCUGACCAAAGCAGUGUGUAGUAGUGUUAUCAAGAAGUGUCCAAAUCUUCAAGUGUUCAAAAUGCCUGGAUUUUACACUAAAACUAAUCUUAAUUUAUAUAAUUCACGGGUCGGUGAUAGGGAAAUGUCUAAACUGGCCACAAGUUGUCCCGAUCUCCGAGAAUUGGACAUUUGUGGCUGCGGUAAUGUUACAGAAGUUGGCAUUAAUCAUGUGAUAACUGGAUGUAAGAAAAUUGAAAAAUUAUCGAUUAGUUUCUGCCACGAAGUGACUGGCAUUUCGUUGGGAAAGUUAACCAAAAACUUUAAAACACUUUCAUUGAAUACUAACGACAAAACUCCGCCACUUAUGGAUUGCUUAAGAUCUCUGACUAAUGGAAGUGGAAAAUUCAUAACUGAAUUGAAUAUUUGCGCCUAUAAUGAACUCUACAGUCAGGACAACAUUUUGAAGUUAAUUUGCAAUGACUUACCUUUACUUCAAACACUUCGCUAUUCAAUACCAUCGAAAGGAAAUAUUAAAUACGGAAUGUUUGGUUUACUGACUAAUCUAACGGACUUAGUAUUUGAUUGCAAUUCAUUUAAUUUAACGGACACUGAAAUGAUUAAAAUAAUGACGGGAUGUAAUCGUUUGAAAUAUUUAUUUAUUCGCUACGAAACGAUUAAAGAUUUCAAUACAUUAACCGAUUACUCACUUAGAAAAUUGCCUCAAUUUUGUCCAAAUUUAGAAAAAUUUUAUUUUCACGCUAAGGACGCACCGCUUCAGUCGGCGACCGAUUCAAUGAUUGAAUGCUUUAAUCAGUUUCCACGUCUUGAAGUGCUUUCACUGAAGUCUUUCGAGAAUAUCAGUGAUGAUUCUGUGAUAUCACUGAUCCAGUCGUGUCCAACACUAAGUUCUAUCUAUUUGUUGAACUGCAACAAAGUGACAAAUGCUACCAUUGAUGCCCUCAUUGUUGCCGCUAAAAGUCAACCAAACAAGAGAUACAAGUAUGAGAUCCGUUCGACUCAAAUGAAGACAAGAAAAAAGAAACUUCCCGUCAAUUUAAUCGAUUGCUCAAAGAAUUGAUGCAUUUAUAGGAUUUAAGUUAACUAUAAAUUAUGUUUUG